CCGGACGGUCUCUGCGUGUCUUGGUGGCUGUGCCGAGAUUAGACGACACGUAAGGCUGACGCUCUCGACCUCUGGCCUCUGUUGUAUUGGUGGUUUACCUUUCUAUUUGGAUACGCUACCCGGGUCACUGCAGUGGGGAUGGUGAGCUCCAAAAAGCUGGUCGUAUUGACACAUAAUGUAUGCUCCUUUGUAGAUUACCUUGUCAUUUUAUUCCUCAUCACAACCCUUCCACCACUGCUGUUUCUUUUCCUCUGUGGUGUGGGGAGCACGUUUGCAUCCAUAGGAUGGUUUUAUUACUGGAGAUCAACCAGACCCGAUAUCUCCUCCAGAAGAACACAACAUCAACACAAUCCAUCGCCAGGCAUUGUUGAAAUGCAGCAAGUACCUCACGUGUAGUUGAGAAAAUCAGGAGGAGACCUUUUGUUUUCAGUGUAUGAGUAGUGCAUAAGCAUUAUGUUUCUCUUUGUAUCCUCUUCAUGGUGAAUAUCAAGUGCUUGUAAUCAUCAAGGAAUUGUAUAAUUUUUAUCACACAAGAAAGAGUUUGCGCAAACUGUAGUCGUUACUUCACUCAGCAAAGGCUGCCACCUAUGGGGACAUGGCCAGUGUAAGGAAAUCCACAACGUCCCCCACCACUCACAGCAGUGAAGGGAAGCAGUCUGUUGAUGCAAUGUGCAACAACUAACUAUGACUUUGCUCAGGCUUUCACAUUUACCCAUUUUUACAUUACUAUAUCUUAUCGAUUUGGUAUUGUUUUCAGGCUGUUUUGUUACUGUUAUGAGUCUGUAAUCACCUAACCAUUCAUUGGCGACAUGUUACUAUGUG